CGUCCGCGGUCCGCCCUCAUUGUUCGGGCGCGGCGGACACGGGCGAGCGGGUGUGCGCGCGCUCCGCACCGGACCCAGCCCGAGGUGACGCUUGACGGGACCCGGACGGAGCCGAGGGCGCCGGACCUCCCGUUCCGGUGCCGUGCGCGUGCGCGCGUGCGCCCUCCUGCGCGCGCGCGCGCCUCUGCGGAGCAGACAUGGAGGAGCGCGCGCGCUUCCAGAGGAGAAAACAAGCAAACCCGCGCAGGAAGAACGAGUUGGCCGAUGACAUCACAACGUGGCGAGCCCGGCGACAAAAUGGCGAAGAAGAAGAAGCUGGACAAAGGCUUGGGCAAUUGCUCCCCGAGUACCUUUGGCGGAGCGACACGGCCAUCAUCUACCCGGAAGACCCGGACGAAGGACAGCCGCCUUUCGGCCCGGACGGCGACGGCGCCGAAGCCGGGGUAUAUCUCUUCUUCUCGGCAGCGUCGUUUGAUCUUCUUUCCCUCACUUUCCGUCCCACUUCUUUGAGUUGUCUGUCCUUCUGUUGUUGGCGUGCGCAGCUGCUGAACGACGGCGGCGUCGUCAACCGCAAGUUCAAGUGCGCCGAGUGCGGAAAAGCUUUCAAGUACAAACAUCACCUGAAGGAGCACCUGCGCAUCCACAGCGGUGAAAAACCGUACGAGUGCUGCGACUGCAAAAAGCGCUUCUCCCAUUCGGGCUCGUACAGUUCCCACAUCAGCAGCAGGAAGUGCGCCGGGCCCAUCGGUCUCCGCAGACGUCCGCAAAGGGUCGGGUGCGCCGCCGAGCCCGCCCCGCAGCCCCGCCCGGCCCCGGCCCAGCUCCGCCGCAAGCCGGAAAAGGCCCGAGCGCAAUACCGCCUCGACGUCCGGUCCGAGACAACGGACGGGCUGAUGACGGCCUCUCACCGUAGGCUCGGGAGACCGAAGGGCCCCGGGGUCUUCGCCGACGGGUUGGGCUCCCGCUGCCGGCUGGGAAGUUGGAGCGUGAAUUUCCUUCUGCCGGGGACCCCGGAGAGCCCGAACGAGAUGCGCGGAGGAACGACGGACGGGAACCCGGACGAGUUUUCCAAACCCGGAGCUUACACGAAGGAGCUCGGGGCCCGGACGGAAGAGAAGAACCUCCGCGGCGGCCCCGCUCUCGGUUUCGCGGCCGACUCCCCGGAGUCGGCCGAGCGGGCGAACGGUGAACCGGACCAAAACAAACGACAAAAGACGAGACAGACGGAUGGACCUGGCUCGGUCUGGUACUCGUGCCAGUUCUGCAAGGAGGCCUGCCCGGGAGCCAUUCCGCUACAUCAGCACGAGCGCUACCUGUGCAAGAUGAACCAAGACAUCCGAGCCGUUCUGCGGCCGGCCGGGCUCGGUCCGGGUUCGGAGUCCUCGGAAUGGCCCGCGUCCGCCCGGGAGCCUCGCGCGAGCCCCGGAAGCCCUUUCGAGGAUCACUCGGCGGUCGUGCGGACUCACUGGACCGCGAACGCGCGAGCCGACUCGGAGGAACUGCUCAGGAUUUCCUUGGCCGUGGGCCUUCCGCAAGACUUUGUUUGGGAGUGGUUCGCUCAACGGAAUCGCAGCCCUCCCGCGGGAGGCGGAUCGGAACGGCGCCGGAUCUCCGGACGUUCGCCGGCGUCGUCAAACGGCGACGCCUACCCGGGACAGUUCGCGACAAAGAGUCCGGAGGAUAGAACGCCCGACGCCAGUCGGUCUCCGCUCAACUUGUCGUCCUCGUCUUCCAAACGCUCGCAGAGUAGCCCCUACGCACCGAACAGCCCGGUCUGGGAGGAUCUUUGCGCCGAUACUCCGCUCGAUCUUUCCGUGCCCAAGAGCCUGUCGCGCGAGUGCGCCGAGAAAACCGGAUCCGACGGUCUCGAAGCGGAACCUGGCGGCAACCGAGACCCGCUCCGCGUCACCAAAGACUUCCCGGACUCCGAGGGCGGCAGAAACUGCCGGCGGAUGGAAAAAUGCCCCACGUUUGGCAUCGAUCCCUCUCCGGCGCGUCCGGCCUACUCGCCCGUGCCGCCGCACGGCACUUUACCGCCGACGAUGUUGCCGCCCCCCGUCCGGUACCCCGUCCCGGACUCGGGUGUCGGCUUCGCGCCCCGAAUGGCGUUCGCCUACGCUAGCGGGGCGGCCGCGUUUGCCGACAUCGCGCGCGGCGGACAAACACGAUGGGAAGCGGCUUUCCAGGGGGAGCUGUUGGACGGGUCUUGGGACGACCUGUCAGGUGUGGGGCAGCUGACAGAAAGCCAGUCAAAAGUGAAGACGGCGAGUGGCGCCGCCGGCGGGACGUACGCCUGCGACUUGUGCCGCAAAACAUUCCAGAAGAGCAGUUCCCUCCUCAGACACCGAUAUGAGCACACAGGCAAGCGUCCUCACCAGUGCGGCGUCUGCCGCAAGGCCUUCAAGCACAAGCACCACCUGAUCGAGCACUCGCGUCUGCACUCAGGAGAAAAACCGUACCAGUGCGACAAAUGCGGAAAGCGCUUCUCGCACUCGGGCUCGUACUCGCAGCACAUGAACCACCGCUACUCGUACUGCGAGAGGGAGGCCCAGGAGAGGCGGGCCCGCCCGCCGCCGUCGGACGCCGUCGACCCGCGCCGCCCCGCCGGACUCUCGGACCCCUCGGGCGCCGGCCGCUUCUCCGCGGCGCCAGCUUUCGAGGAGGAGGAAUUCCGGACGCACUCGGCCGGGGACCCAGACCGCCGUGCUGACCUCUGAGUGCGACCGGACCGCGAUUCGCGCGCUCAGUCCCGAGCCUCCGUUCGGCUCAGCUAAGACACGUUCCGCAAAGUCAAGCUUGGCUCAGCUCAGCGAGGUGAGGCGCGACAAAGCGAUGCUAAUACGGCCAAGCUAGCGGGAGCGCAGGCGGGGCCCCGCCCCCGACAACCGCUCCCUAUCCGACGUCCUCGGAGAGCAGCUGAAGUUGCGCUCCCGGAAUGGCCCCUGAUUCGAUGAGCGCGGCUUCCUGUGGCACCUGAGGUCGGAGGGGCGUGUCCUCCCUGUAUGCGGGAGCCAAUCGUAUUGCAGCGUGGGAUUCAUCAUGACGUCGCCCGUCGCGCCAUUAAAAAAGGAGGCGAGGACCGGUGCGGGGGCAACCAUCACCGCUUCCUGUCGGUCUUCUUCUUUCGCUUUGCUCGGAUGUUCAACUGUUUCACACUUGAAGCCACAAAUAAACGCACGAAGGCAGCAAGAUGAGAAAAAGUCAAAGUUCAUUAAAAGUGGCCUGUUACAACUGCAGCUGCAGUCGUGAUCACUUGUGUCAAAUGAAAACAAAAACAUCCAUCACAUCUCUUGUCUUUCUUUUUGAAUGCGUCCGUCAUCUUUAUUUCACGUCGUCGCGUUGCCGCACUUCAAACUUGGACCUGUCGUCUUACGUUUCUUCUGAAAGCAGCGGAAAACAGGACGCGGUCCACGUGCCCG